CCUGUCAGCGCCCGGUCCGUGGCGCCCGUUUGCCGUUGCUGUGGCAGCCGAGGGGCCCUGCGGGAGGCCCUGGCUGCGAGGCCUGCCGGAGGGACGGAGCCUUCCGGGAACACGAGCGGCAGCUCGGCCGCUUUCUCCUCGUCGUCCCCUUCCCCCUCCCCGCCGCAGUCGCUCACGCUGCUGGUGAUGCAGCCCUGCGGCGGGGACGGGGAAGCGGUGGGCACCUUGCUGCAGCCCCAGGUGGUGCGGCAGCCGCAGCAGCCGCCGUCGCGGGGGGCCUCGGAGACGCCCUCGGGCCUCAUGGUCUUCUACGAGCUGGGCCCCGCGGGGGGCGACGCGGACGGCGACGGGGGCGGAGGCGACAGCGCCGGCAGCCCCGGCGGAGGCCUGGAGGAUCUGGACGACGAGGACGAGGGCGGCGCCCAGUCGGGAGGAGGAGGAGGCGGCGGCUGCAAGAGCUGCACCUACCAAGGCUGCAACGAGACCACCACGCAAGUGGCCAAGCAGCGCAAGCCCUGGAUGUGCAAGAGGCACCGGAACAAGAUGUACAAGGACAAGUACAAGCGCAAGAAGAGCGACCAGGCCUUGGGGGGCGGCGGCGGUGGAAGUGGCGGAGGAGGAGGAAGCGCCCCUUGUCCUGCCACAGCUGCUGUUGCCGCCGCCGCCGCGCAGGCUGGAGCUGGGAUCUCUCCCGGAGGCAGCGGGAGAAUUGAGGAUUGCACUGAAAGUCCAGUUUCCAUAUCAAAGCAAAGAACAGGAAACAUUGGUGAUCGGCCAGCAAAACCAACACUUUUGGAACAAGUGUUGAACCAGAAAAGACUGUCACUUCUGAGAAGUCCAGAAGUUGUACAUUUUCUCCAGAAACGACAGCAGCUACUAAGUCAACAAGCAUUGGAGCAAAGGCAGCAACAGUUUCCAGGAGCACCAGUGUGAGGAUGGGAGUGUAGUUCAAAUACCCUCAGCUCAGUUUCAUGUUGGAAUAGUGGAUGAAGGAAAGAAGUUGACUAACAGAGGCCUACAAGCUGCUCUAGCUGUUUUAUGCUGUGGUUUUACUUUCUGUUUAUUGGACAAGUAAGAAAACCUAUUUGAUUCCCCCCCCCCCGAAUUUAUUUAUUUGUAAUUGUUUUUGUUAGCUUUGAUACAUCUUCUCUCUGCCCACUGAAGCCUUCUGUUAAUAUUUUGGAAGUCAAGUUUUAGUGUUCUGUGAGACAGAAAUUAAGAGAUCAGUUAAAAACCAAUUUAAUUAUUUUAGUGUUUUACUAAGUGAAAAUUUUUAAUAUCUUGCAUAAAGUUAUUCUUCGAUGAAUAAGCAAUACUUACUUUCUAUGGAAGUUUUAAAUUGUAAACUUUGAGCCAAUCUAGUAGCCUCUGUUACUCAGGGAUGUAGGAGAGGGGAAUGCUGGGCUUACAGCUUUGUGAGGGAAGUUCAGCAAGAUUUGGCCCACCAUUCUAACACUGGUGUGACUCUCUGGCCAAUCUAGUUGAUCAGUUUCUAUAUUGCAUUAUAAAAUAAUGUAUACUCAGUUGGUAUUAAUUUCAUGAGCAUUUUUGUAAACAUGAUUUAAGUAUUAGUGUGAGUAUUGCAGUAUAUUACUGACAUGAUUCAUAAAGAGGCAUCCAUUUGAGGUUAUUUAAUUUUAUAUUUUUAAUGACUUGUUAAUGAAUUGUUUACUAAAUUGUUCAUACAAGGAUACAUUAAAGUAUCAAUUUUGUAUCUUUGUAAUUUUCAGGCUAUUUUUGAACGUGUUCAAGGAUUUUUUGAAACUUUUUGAAAAACGUCAUUUAAGUUAACUUUGUACAUCAGAUUUUUAAAGCAUUUUAGAACUGUACAUAUUGUAUAUAAUUGGUGUCCUGUUCUUUCAUAGCAAUUUCCUGACUAGUUAUUGAUAAGCUGAAGUAAAUGUGUAGGUUUUCUAGGCUGCUGUUUUUAGAGAAAGAACUCUAAGCCAGGGGUAGGCAACCUAAGGUCCGGGGGCCGGAUCCAGUCCAAUCGCCUUCUCAAUCCAGCCCGCGGACAGUCCGGGAAUCAGCGCGUUUUUACUUGAGUAGAAUGUGUCCUUUUAUUUAAAAUGCAUCUCUGUGUUAUUUGUGGGGCCUGCCUGGUGUUUUUAUAUGAGUAGAAUGUGAUUUUAUUUAAAAUGUAUCUCUGGGUUAUUUGUGAGGCAUAGGAAUUCGUUCAUUCCCCCCCCC